CAGCCACCCCUCCAAGCCGCCUCUCAAUUUGAGGUCCAAACCACUCCCCCGUCCCAUCGCCUAGCCGCCGUCCUCGCUCCGACGAGUCCUCCGCCGCCGCUCCUCCCUCGGUCCAGCCGGGUGGGGUGGAGAUCCGCCCCGGCCCGGGUCGGAUUGGAUUGGUUCCUUUCGUCGUUGGAAAUUUUUGGUGUGCUCCAUCCACAGUGCUAAAGCUGCGCUUGAAACAUAUGGAAUGGUCUUAGUAAGUCUGGCUCUUCUCCGUGCAUGAUCCGGAUUUGUGCUUUGCCUUGGGAAAGAACAGAUCAUGACUUCCGUAGUCCAUGGUGUUUCAGGUGACCACAGAGCUGAGGAUCAACAUCAACAGCAGAAGCAAGCUGAACCUGAGGACCAGCAAGAAGCCACAGUUACUAGUUCAGGUAGUCAAACAAUGGUGGGCACACCACCAGCAGAUUAUGUGUCACCCUAUGGCCCUCAUGACGUGGGCCAUGCAAUGGGUCAAUUCGCUUACCCAAAUAUUGACCCAUACUAUGGAAGCCUUUAUGCGGCUUACGGUGGACCGCCAAUGAUGCAUCCACCAUUGGUCGGAAUGCAUCCGACUGGUUUACCGUUGCCUACUGAUGCCAUUGAAGAGCCUGUGUAUGUAAAUGCAAAGCAAUACAAUGCAAUAUUAAGGCGGCGUCAAUCUCGGGCUAAAGCUGAAUCUGAAAGGAAGCUUGUCAAGGGUCGUAAGCCGUAUCUCCAUGAGUCAAGGCAUCAGCAUGCCCUGAAAAGGGCCAGGGGAGCUGGAGGCCGGUUUCUUAAUUCGAAGUCAGAUGACAAGGAAGAGAACUCCGAUUCCAGUCACAAAGAAAAACAGAACGGAGUUGUGCCCCACAGCAGUGGCCAACCGUCAACCCCUCCAUCCCCUAACGGUGCAUCUUCAGCUAAUAAGGCGGACAGUCGUGAAUGAGGUUUAAAAAACUCUCCAUUGGAGAGAGUUAAGCUAAGCACCUGACGCUAGACAUGUCAACAGUUUUGUACAGUAAGCGCUAGUGGGCAACAGAAAAUGGCGUCGUUGGAUGUUGUAGGAUAUGUUCCAUAGAAAACAUAGGCGAGUCGAUAUGUUUCCCUUCUCAUUUUAUUUCCUUUUCUGUACAAUGAGUAGCUUGGUGUCCCGAGGAUAGCUCCGGUCAGUUGUUCAGAAAGUCCAUGUAGCAUAUUAGCCCCAUUGUUUGCUUGCUUGGAGUCAGUUCAUAACCUGCUGUCCUGCAUCAUCAUUUGUGUUGCAGCGAAUAAGCACUGGCUAUGUGUUUGUUGGUGACAAUAAACCUUAUUGUAGGACAUGCAAUGAAGCUAGCUCUGUUUUCCUCCUCAA